AUGUCUUCCUCAUCAAGUGAUGAAGUUGAUGAAGCUAUAGAAGAAAUGGUCGACCAAGUAGUUGAUAAUUACAUCGACUCAAUAGUUGAGCAAAGACGAAAUGCUCACGGAAGGAACGGGCUAUCUGCACUUCAAAAGUGUACGGCAGCUAUACGUAUGCUGGCAUAUGGUCAAUCGGGAGAUACAUAUGACGAAUAUCUCCGACUUGGUGACAGUACAUCACGUUUGUGUUUGGCAAAUUUCACUGAUGCAAUAAUACAAUUGUUUGGAAAUGAGUAUCUACGAAAACCUACAGCCGAGGAUCUUCAACGCUUACUCGAUGUUGGAGAGGUACGGGGGUUUCCGGGGAUGAUAGGCAGCAUCGACUGCAUGCAUUGGGAGUGGAAAAACUGCCCAACGGCUUGGAAAGGUCCUAAAGCCGAGAAAUUUGCAGAAAAGCAAGAAUCCGCCAGAAAAGAUGUCGAACGGGCUUUUGGAGUAUUGCAAUCGAGGUUUGCAAUUAUUAAAAACCCAGCUCUACAAUGGGACAAGGAGAAGAUAGGAAAGAUCAUGAGAACUUGUGUCAUAUUGCACAAUAUGAUAGUAGAAAACGAACGACACGGAUACGCUCAAAUUGAUACUUCUGAGUUCGAGUCAGGAGAAUCAAGCAGAAGUUCGAGGGUGACAAGGAGAGAAAGUAUUCAUGUCGGUGAUAUGUUAGGCAUGCGCAGAGAAGUUCGAGAUCCAGAGAAGCAUGCUCGUUUGAAAGCUGAUUUAAUGAAAAAUAUAUAG